AUGUCGUUCAACCAGGGCGGUAACUACGGCUCGGGAUACACUCCCCCCGGCGCGCCUGGCUCGUACCAGCACCCCGGCUUCGGUAACCACCCCGCUCCUCAGGGUGGGCAGCCACAGCCACAAGGCGAGGCUGCAAGCUAUUACAGCCAGGCGCCGCAGCCGCAGCAGCAUGGCGGCGAGCAGUACGGCGGUCAGCAGCAGCAGCACCAGCAGCAGAACUACCAGCAGCACCAGCAGCAGCAGAACUACCAGCAGCACCAGCAGCCGUACAACCCUCCUGCGCAGCACGCGCCCCCUCCCCAGCAGUCCAAUUCGUACGGCUCGGGCGUGGCCGGGAUGGGCCUCGCGGGUAUCGCUGGCGCCGCGGUCGGCGCCAUUGGCGGAUACGCCUCCGGCCACUCGAGCGGUGGCCAUUCGAGCGGUGGCCUCGGCAGUCUCGCUAGUUCGGUGAUGGGCGGCGGUAGCCACUCCCCCGGCAAGGACCACAAGGACAAGGACAAGAAGGACAAGGACAAGAAGGACAAGGACAAGGACAAGGACAAGGACAAGAAGGACAAGGACAAGGACAAGAAGGACAAGGACAAGGACAAGAAGGACAAGGACAAGGACAAGGACCACAAGGACAAGGACAAGAAGGACAAGGACAAGAAGGACAAGAAGGACAAGAAGAAGUAUGGGUCGCACGGGUCGGGGUCGGGCUCGGACUCUGAGGGCAGCGGCGGCAAGAAAAAGUACAAGCAGAAGAAGCGCAGUGGCUCUGGCUCGGACUCGGACUAG